AUGUCUACCACCAAUUACAAGUUCGAAGGCUGGGUAGCCCUCGGCCCAGACGCUGCCGAGGGAAAGAUGGUCUGGCAGGAGUUCGAGCCUAAACCAUGGGAGGAGACCGAUGUCGAUAUCAAGGUCACUCACUGUGGUAUCUGUGGCUCGGAUAUUCACACCCUGCGCAGUGGCUGGGGCCCCACCAACUACCCCUGCUGCGUCGGCCACGAAAUUGUCGGAACAGCUGUCCGCGUCGGAUCACAAGUUGAGGGAGAUAUCAAGGUCGGUGACCGGGUCGGUGUUGGAGCGCAGAGCGGCUCGUGCCAGAACAAGGAUGGCGACUGUGACGCCUGUGCGUCUGGCAUCGAACAGCACUGCACCAAGAUGGUCGGCACCUACAACGGUGUUUAUGCCAACGGAGGCAAGUCGUAUGGUGGUUACUCCACCUACAACCGUUCUCCUUCGCACUUUGUUAUCAAGAUCCCCGACGCCAUUCCUUCUGCCGAUGCGGCGCCUAUGCUCUGCGGUGGUAUCACAACCUACUCACCUCUCAAGCGGAAUGGCUGCGGCCCCGGCAAGACCGUUGGUGUUGUUGGCGUUGGUGGUCUUGGUCACUUCGCUAUCUUGUUCGCCAAGGCACUCGGUGCUGACCGCGUCGUCGCUAUUUCCCGCAAGUCCGAUAAGAAGGCCGAUGCGCUCAAGCUUGGUGCGGAUGAUUUCAUCGCCACCGGUGAAGAUGAGGACUGGGCUACCCGCCACGCUAGCUCUCUCGACUUGAUCAUCUCCACUGCCUCCUCCUCCAAGAUGCCGAUUGCCCAAUACUGUGGACUUCUGCGUGUUCGCGGUACCUUCAUUCAGCUCGGUGCCCCCGAGGAUGGCGGUCUCGAGAUCCCAGCCUUCGUGCUUCUCCUCAAGGGUAUCAAGCUUGGUGGCUCAUUGAUCGGUAGCCCCAGUGAGAUUCGGGAGAUGUUGGAGUUGGCUGCUGCCAAGGGUGUCAAGCCUUGGAUUCAGGAGCGCCCAAUGGCUGAUGCCAACCAGGCCAUUGUGGACAUGGAGAACGGGGAUGCUCGUUACCGCUAUGUUCUCACGAACGAGCAGUAA